AUGGCGAGUGCUCAAGGUGCUUCUCGUGGCACUGUUGCCGACCGAAUCCGAGCAUUCCAAGGUCUCAGAGUCUCGCCGGAGCACGUUCAUGUACAAGCACCAAAGCCAAUCAGCCGGACUUUUGACCCCGAGAUAUUGAUUAGCCACGGUCGGCGGAAGGACAGCAGCGUCGCGGCACCAGUAGAGAGACCUUCCCUGAAUGCCGUAGAUGGAUUUAGAGGCGGCGGACGCCCGUCAGUGGCACCGUCAUCCUCUGUCCAGGCAACGACCUCAUCUGACCAACAUUUUCGUCACUCAGCGGAAUCGCACUCCCUCGACGACCCCUUCAUCGCCACAACCGACGGACCUGCUAGCUUAGCAUCUCGAAGAUCGGAUCAAGAAUCUCACUCCGAACUGGACGGAGCUCGAGCUCGAUUGAGACCGGUUGAUCGUCGUGGACAGUCAGGUCAGCGCAGCAAGAAUGUAGAAGCCAACACGACACUGGCUGAGCUCGGGUUCAUGAUCGACGAUGCCCUAGGCGAGCGAACCACACAGCAGUCACCAGGACCUUCGCCCAAGCAUGCCUCAAAGCCCUCAAGUGUCCAAUCACCUGGCCCGGAGUCACCUCCGCAAAGCACUGAGCCAUUCCCGCCCCGGAUAAGACCUUUUACAAUAUACAGGUCCAACAAAGCAACUGCCUCGCCUCCUCUGUUGUCGAAUGUCAGCCCAGCUCGUGGACCUGAGCCACUUAGCCUUUCGAGUCUACUGCAAACUCCAGACCCGCGUUCGCCAGAGCCAGAGACUCAUCCACACCACAAACAGCAUCUAAAACCUGCCAAUGACAGACCUAUCAGUCCUGUCAAGGAAAAGGCUGCCAUGUUUGAGAGUCUCUCGAUGUCUGACAACAGCACGACGCCGCCCAAGAGCCCACCUCCGAGAGUACACCUUCGCGACAGGGCGCAUUGGAAGGACAUUCGCUAUCACAGUCCAAGCACAGAGGAAGCAGCCAGGAAGCACCGUGCCAAAUUUGGUCACAGUAUCAGCGAGCAUCAUCCCGAUACCUCAGAAGACACCGAAGCUGCAUACAACACAGCCUCCGAAACGCCAGGACAGCUCACUGGGCAGUCGCCUCCUCGGUCACAUUCGCACAGAGCUCCUUCCCGUGGUUGGCCUGCCCAAUUACGGACGUCAAGCAAGACAGGCAGAUCCGAAGCUCAAUUCUACCACGAACCUACCGAUCUCAUCCGCAGAGAUGUGCACAAUCCUUCGCAUCGUCCAAGCAUCGUCGCACAACGCAUUGCACAGUUGGCGCUUGCUGGUCUGGAGGACCUAGCUAGUGAACGAUCAAGGACUCAGUCACCGAGCACAGUUGACGCAACGCCUGGCAGGGUUCGAGAGAGCGAGUUGCGGAAUCAUAACAUGGAUGGUGGCUUGCUGCUGCCGAAUCAGAUGCCGGAAGUUCAGAUCCCUGUUCAGGAGCAGGCGGACUACCUGAAGGCCAUGCCUGGUACCCCCCAACAAGCAGACCACGAGUUAUAUCGCCAGCGAGGCGUGUCGCGCGCACGCACACAACCCAUACCGGUCUCCAGACCUGUCUUUGACAAGCUAGCGAUCGGCCAGCAAAGCCCCGUCCGGAGCAAACCUCAGAGCGGCAGUCCUAUCACUCCUGUUCGUGGACGUGCUCUUGUUGUCCAGUCGCCGCGUGGGUCAGGAUAUGGUGUGGAGCAAAGCUUCUACUUCUCAGCACGAAAGAGCCGCAGUCCAUCGAGAGGCAGUGGGCGCAAAUUGACGCUGCAGAUCAACCUGGGAAGCCCUGACCAUCAAUCGAUGGAGCGGGUCUCCAUCAAGGCGGACAUGGAUGAGCUUGAGGAAGCAUGA